CAAACGCUCACUUUCUUCUCCACCCUAUCCUCUUCCUUAUCACAUUUGCCUUGUAUUUUUCUUUUCUUCUUACUCCAAGGGAAAAAAAAAAGAAAGAAAGAAAGAAAAGAAAGAUAAAAAACAAAGGAUUGUUUCCCUUCAUCACACAGUUAUCCUUGUAACGAUUUAAAUUUUUUUGAUAAACAUGGACAAGCUUGUAGUGUUGCUACUCGGCAACGGUGGCCGUGAACAUACCAUUGCUUGGAAGCUUGCUCAGUCAGAAAAUGUGGAGCGUAUCUUUGUAGCUCCUGGGAAUGGUGGAACUGGUGCGGGAUUAAACAAGGUUGUGAACGUCAACAUUGGUGUCCUUGACUUCCCUGCCCUUACAAAAUUCGCUGUUGAGAACAAUGUUAAUCUUGUCGUCCCUGGACCUGAGCAGCCUUUGGUCGAGGGUGUCACCGCAGUUUUCCAGAGGAUUGGUAUCCCUGUAUUCGGACCAUCGAUCAAGGCAGCACGUAUGGAAGGCUCCAAGACGUUCUCAAAAGAUUUUAUGAAGAAGCACAGAAUUCCUACAGCUGCUUAUGAGAACUUUACAGAUGCCGCCGCUGCAAAGGAAUAUAUUCGUAAGGCUGAUUUCAGUGUGGUUCUGAAGGCCUCAGGUUUGGCCGCUGGCAAAGGUGUCCUCAUCCCUAUUAACAAAGAGGAGGCUUAUCAGGGUGUUGAUCAGAUUCUGGUAGACAAGGUCUUUGGCGCUGCUGGAAAUGAGCUUGUAGUUGAGGAAUUUUUGGACGGUCAGGAACUUAGCAUCCUUGCCUUCUCAGAUGGUUACACUGUCAUCCCCUUACCUCCAGCACAGGACCACAAACGUAUCUUCGAUGAUGAUCAGGGCCCCAACACUGGAGGCAUGGGCUGCUACUGCCCUACCCCUGUAGCUACACCUGAACUAUUGGCAGAUAUCAAACGUACGAUUCUGCAGCCAACGAUCGAUGGCAUGCGUCGUGAUGGAUUCCCCUUCGUCGGUAUCCUCUUCACAGGCAUCAUGCUCACGAAUGCUGGACCUAAAGUACUGGAAUACAAUGUCCGUUUUGGAGAUCCAGAGACCGAGGUCGUCUUGCCUCUAUUGAGCGAUGAUACCGACUUGGCCGAGGUCAUGUUGGCCUGCACAGAAGGUCGUCUCGACUCUGUCCGUGUCGGUAUCAAGCCUGGUUUCGCUGCCACGGUCGUGGUUGCUUCGGGCGGAUACCCUGGCUCUUAUCCAACUGGCAAGGCGAUCACUCUUCAAAAGACUGAUGAGGACGUCAUUGUCUUCCAUGCGGGUACGACUCUCAAAGAGGACAACACAUUGUACACAUCCGGCGGACGCGUCUUGGCCUCCACAGGCAUCGCCAAGGAUCUCCGUGGUGCUGUCGACAAGGCCUAUGCAGGAGUAAACUCAAUCACAUUCGAGGGCAUGUUCUUCCGUCGCGAUAUUGCUCACCGCGCUUUCAAGUUCUUGGCUAAUCAAAGUGCUACAGAUAACCAAAUGACUUAUGCUCAGGCAGGAGUAUCGAUCGAUGCUGGAAACCUAUUAGUCCAAAAGAUCAAGCCCCUUGUCAAGGCCACACGUCGUGUAGGAGCCGAUGGCGAGAUUGGAGGGUUUGGAGGAUUGUUUGAUCUUAAGGCUGCAGGGUUCCAGGACCCCAUCUUGGUCUCAGCUACGGAUGGCGUGGGAACGAAGCUCAAGUUGGCACAAAUGACAGGUAUCCACGACACAAUUGGAAUUGAUGUGGUUGCCAUGAACGUAAACGAUCUAAUUGUCCAGGGAGCAGAGUCACUGUUCUUCCUCGAUUAUUAUGCAUGUGGUAAGCUCGAAGUUGAGGUCGCUAAGGACGUGAUCAAGGGUGUGGCCGAUGGCUGUCUCAUGGCUGGAUGCGCCUUGAUCGGUGGAGAGACCUCAGAGAUGCCUGGAUUGUAUACCCCUGGUGAUUAUGACCUUGCGGGCUUUGCAGUCGGUGCCGUCGAGCGCAACAAGAUCAUUCCCCGUAUGGAUCUGAUUAAACCCGGCGAUAUCCUCUUGGGUCUCACCUCUUCGGGUGCACACUCAAAUGGUUACUCUUUGAUUCGCAAGAUUGUUCAGAAAUCCAACCAGGAAUUGCAUUCCCCCUGCCCUUGGGACAAAACCAAGACUCUGGGUCAGUCACUCUUGACCCCUACUCGUAUCUAUGUCAAACAACUCCUGCCUGUGGUUCGCAAGGAUCUUGUCAAGGCUAUGGCCCAUAUCACCGGCGGUGGCUUUAUUGAUAAUAUCCCUCGUGUCUUGCCCAAGGAGCUUGGCGUCGAGGUCGAUGCUUCGACUUGGCCCUUCCCAGAUGUCUUCAAGUGGAUCAUGGCCACUGGUAAUGUACCACACCGCGAGAUGGCACGCACCUUCAACUGUGGUAUUGGUAUGGUUUUGGUCGUCAACUCUGAAGAUGUCGAGGAGGUCACUGCACUCUGCAGAGCUGAGGGCGAAGUCGUCUAUCAGAUCGGUGUCCUCAAGAGUAGGGAAGACAACAAUGGCGAGGAGGUCGUUAUGCGCAACAUGGAGUCAAGCUGGGUUGCUUAAAAAAAACGCUUUCUCGUUUAUAUUAAAUAUUAGGACGUAUUAUAACUGUAAAUAAAAGAUUAUUCAAUGAGGG